UGGCACAUUUCAGAGUCCUCCCAGCCUUACGGUUUUCUAGUUGCUGUAACAUCACAUGCGAAUUCAGGACCAACAUGGCGUGUGUAGUUUGCCAGUUUGGUCCCGCUAUCUUUCGCUUGACCAACGUAGAAGCUACCAGGACCGAAUUGAGACUCUCAUGCCCUAAGAAAAUAAGAUUGUCGAACGCUCUCCACGUCCACUCUCCACGCUCUAGUUCAUGGAGCAGAGCCGAGCUUGCCUCGUCUCCCUGCACUGUACGAGUGGGGGAGGCUUUAUCCCCGACAGAACUAAGAGCUGCUGCGUCUUUACGGUCGUUUUGCUUCUUCAGCUGUCCUCCUGACCGCUCAUCAGAAUUCGUAGAGCGACAUUUGUUCAUGAAAGCAAUGGAGGAGGCACAAUGUCUAGAAGACAAGGUUGCUGGACUCCUUCCCGGAUUCAAGAAGGUGUCCUGUUUAUUAGCGACGGUACCUGACCCCAGCGGAGCCAUCUUACCACCUCGUGAAGAGCCGAGUUCGUCACUGCAAGUCGCUCAAGGAUGGGUUGUUGGAACUCUGGACCUGAAUCUAGGGCUUCGCUUACCUGGUGAAAACCUUUGUGGACAGUAUCCCAGUAAGGGGUUGCGCAUUGAGUCAAGAAGAGCCUAUUUAUCCAAUGUUUGUGUGGCGCCGGCUGCCAGAAGACUUGGAGUUGCCUACAGAUUGAUGCAAUCAGCUAAAGAUCUUGCACAGAGUUGGGGUGUGGAGCAUCUCUAUGUUCAUGUAGUUAAGAACAACGACCCUGCUCGACUGUUGUAUCUCAAGUCUGGUUAUGAACUGGAGCAGGAAGAGAAGGCUAACGUUGCCAGAUCCUUGGGUCGCCCUGCAAGGCUGCUGUUGCACCUUGAUAUCAGCUGAGCCAAAUAAUGCUGCAAUCAGCAGUCAGCACACACCAUGUUCACAACGUGGUUGGCCAUUCUGUGCAACAGUGUGAGCUGAGUAGCACCCCACAAUGUUCUAGUACCUACAACUGUCUCAAGCAGGGUGGUCCUAAGUCCUGACUCCUGUCCAUGCGUUUGAAACAUCCAUCCAGUUGGUUAUCGCAAGCUCCUCCUCCACCUGACCACUCCUGUGUACACUGCAGGUACAAUUUUUGUCCCCCGCAAAACUCCAUUUGUAUGGUAGCAUUUG